UGAGUUUAUAGUAUCAAUGACAACAAUUUCUUUGCCUAAAUCAAAGGAAACUAACGAUGUCAUCUGUCAGUGUCACAGUGACAAUGACUUACUAACAUGGGAAAAAUUUUUCAAGGUUAGGAAGGUAAGGAGUGAUGCAAUGUAACAAAAUUUUAAAUUAUUAUAUAAUUUAUUAAUUGGUCGCCCAAUACGAUAAAUCUCAGAAAUACAAAGGAUUUUAUUCAUCAGAAAUGGCUAAUUCGCAGCCUAUAUUUGAUUACCGCGAUGAAUCUCACGCUGACAAGUUAGCCAGAAAAUCUAAAGAUUCACCAUUUAUGAUAAUUGGUAUCAUUGGCCUUAUUGGUGUUUGUGGAUUUGGGGCAUACAAAUUCAAGACAAGAGGUCAAAUGAGCACAAGUGUGUUCUUAAUGCAACUUAGAGUAGCCGCUCAAGGCACAGUUGUGUCUGCAUUGACAUUGGGCUUAGCAUACACAUUAGCCAAGAAACAUUUGUUUAAAGAUGACAAAGCAGAAUAAUGAUAUUUUGUAUUAAUCUAGUAAAAUUACUUAAACCAGUCUAAAGCUAAACUUUGCUACCUCAAAAUUUCACAAUGUUUAGAACUGAUAGAAAUCUCAAAUUAUCUCAUUUUAUUUUUGUAAUGUCUUUUUUUUAA